CACACGAUUCUCGAUCUCGCGUUCGUCCCAUUGCGACUCGCCCGAGUGCCACGCGAGUGCCACGCGAGUAUCUCGCGUCCCAAGAUGCUACGGCGGCGAUCGCUUCUCCGUUGGCUCGUCCCGGCGUUCUUGGUCGUUCUCCUGGCGCUGUACGCCCUCGCUACCGGCGUGAGCCUGAUGCUGUCCCCGUCCGAGACGGGCAGCAAAUCCCUGGUGGAGGGGUAUCGGCUCGCCUGGCGAAACUUCAACUUGAACGAAAGGACCGACUCGCCCAACGUGAACCCUAAAAAUGGCAGUCUGCUGAACAAACUCAAAGCUGAAAGAAGUCUUGCGAGCAGUAAACCUACAAGUUCUAUUCUAGGGUCUUUGACGUUAGCACCAUCAACUGAUUCCAAGGAGGUCCGAGUGCUCUGUUGGAUCAUGACGUCACCCUCCUCAUUACGCCCCAAGGCGACUCACGUCAAACAAACGUGGGGUCCGCGCUGUGACGUCACCCUGUACAUGAGCACCCAGGCCGACCCGGAGUUCCCGGCUAUCGGCCUGGACGUGUCAGAGGGCCGCGACAACCUGUGGAACAAGACCCGGACGGCAUUCAGAUACGUCUACCGCCACCACUUCCAGGAUGCGGAUUGGUUCAUGAAGGCUGACGACGACACUUACGUCGUCGUGGAUAACCUCCGCUAUUUCCUGCGGGACAAGAACAGUAGUGCGCCGCUAUACUACGGGCACAACUUCACCCCGUACGUCAAGCAAGGCUACAUGAGCGGCGGGGCGGGCUACGUGCUGAGCAGGGAAGCCCUGAAGCGGUUCGCUGAGGCUGACAACUACCGGUGCAGCAAACAGGACUACAAGGCGGAGGAUGUAGGGAUGGGAUUCUGCAUGCAAUCCUUGGACGUGAUCGCAGGCGAUUCCAGGGACUCACUCAACAGGUCUCGCUUCCUACCUCUGUCCCUUGUAGACUUCGUAAACAAUCACUUACCGGACUGGUAUCACAAGUACAGGAAGUACGAAAUACCCCAGGGCCCGAGCUGUUGCUCCGACUACCUCAUCUCCUGCCACUACAUGACGUCUUACGAUAUGCAUCUCUUGGACUUUGUCGUCUACCAUCUACGCUCGGCCAACGACAACAAGCGACACGUCUACAAGAUCGGCAACAACCGAACGCUGCCCAUAUGACAAACACACCGACAACAUUUCUUUGAAAUCAGCAACGCUAGAAACAACUUCAGUUGGUGAAGUGGUUUUUCCAAGUCAGAGGCCAGGGGGACGUAAUAGCUUGGCACGUGCACGUGGUCAAAUCAGUCUGAAGGAAAAUGGAUUCUUUGCUCGUGUCUCGAGUGAAAGAGAGUCUGAUAUCGAACUGAAGCUUCGGCUACAUGGAUGGUCGGCCGACCAGCGUCGGA